AUGAAGAAUUUUAUAUGUAUAUUCAAUUUAAUUGGCUUAUUCCUGGUAAAUGGCUUACAUAUUCCCCGCAUUAAGCGUUCUGACGAUUUUGAUUGGAAUGCAAAGGGAUGGGCAGUGGGAUGUGAUUUUAAAGGAAGGAAUUUAAAAGAUAUCCGCGCUAGAAAACAACAUUGUGUUACCGUUUGUGAAGAAACUCCGCAAUGUACUCAUUUUACAUGGACGCCCUUUCGACAGGGUACAUGUUGGAUGAAAGCGGGACGUGUUAAAAAAAGCGAUGCAGUAACAUCAGAUGACCCAGAAGCGAUCUGCGGUUCACCACGUUUCGUCCGAGAUUAUAAGUAUGGACAACCAACACUUUACGGUGGUUAUUCAAACAAAGGUAAAAUCAAUUGGAAUGGGAAUAACUGGGCAAUGGGCUGUGAUUUUAAUGGAAGAGAAUUCAAAUCAGUCCAAAUGUCAGGUGAAGAAUGUGGAGGUGCAUGUGCAAAGAAUCCACGAUGUACUCAUUUUACGUGGUCGAGUGAUCGUGACGGUACAUGUUCGAUGAAAUCAGGUUAUGUCACACAAGAUGAUGCAAUAGUGUCUAAAGAUCCAAAAAUGGUUUGUGGCUCACCAACUUUUCCGACGAGUGGAGAAUCAACGUCAAAAGUAAUAAGUAGUAACGUUUGUGGCAAUGGAGUAGUGCUCCUGAUUAAUUCGACAAUUUCUUGUUCAUAG